CGAAUGAAAGUGAAAAAAAAUUUUAUUGAACCUCCGGCAGUGUUAAGAUUGACGGUUGAAGGUGCCGCGACGGUUCUCAAAAAUUCGUUUCUUUUACGUCGUUGCUGACAUAUAAUUUUUCAAAAGAAUUGUAAUCCGUGACAAUGCUUUUUCAAAAUUCACAGUUAAUCGUGAUGCUCGUACUCAUUUUGACUGUUUACCAAAUCCAUUCGACACGUCAACAUCGCAGUUCGACGAAACCAAAUUUUAAAUUUGCCCCAGCAUCAAAUCGUCGUUAUAGAAAGCUGGAAAACCAGGAAGCCUCGAUCGACGUCGGCAAUGUAAUUUCCAUCGUGAUACCAAACAACCCUCACGAGAUGUUAAACGUGGAGCAACUCACGGAAGACUUCAGGAAUGAAUUGGAGCGCAUAAAGAAACAAAGUAGCGUAAAAAAAUUUCAGCACGGAUUGAUAACACUAAGAAAAGUCCUACCGGAGUUAUCGCCGGAAGAGAAGCGCAAAGCAUUGCCAUGGUUGCGUAAAAUAUUAAAGAUGAAACAAUUAGAGGGAAAAAAUCCAACGAAUAAAAAUCGUCGCGAUCAAGAUUCCAACAAUGAUAACAUUGAUAACAAAGAUAACGAAGAUUUCGAAAAUAAACAGCAAAUCAAUAGAGGAAAGCACAAGUCUAUACGUUCGGGCAAUACCGAGAGGAAAGACGAGAGCGACGACUUAGAUUCCGAGGAACCGGAAGUGGCCGUUACGGAAUCGCCACGUCAAGUAGUUGAGAAUUAUUCGAUAAGCCCAAUAAUAACGCAACCCCCCACCCCUCAAACUUAUAUUCCGCAAGAUUAUAAUUCACCCCCGAUGUCAGAAUUUGUCACGCCAGCCGACUACAUAGUCAAUCAUAAUUUUCCAGCGGUUUCCAGUUUCAAAAAUGGUGGGCCCGUGGGACUCUUUAAGGUCCUAAAUCAACCGCUGUACGACGAAACAGAUAAGAGACAGAAAAAUAUACCCAAGGAAGUUCGCAUACCUAAGAGCACUUCGUCCAAUGAGAAUCUUGAGGUUGUUGCCGAAAGGGAUGCUUUCAAGGACGCCGAUUUCGAUCGCAAUGCGCGGCUGGUUAACGAUUUGGCCAGAAUUGCGGAACAAUUGGCGAAUUUUCGAGCCAAUGAGAAUCCGCCCGCAGGCUAUCUCGAUCAGCUGACGCCUUCUGCUAGGAACGACUUGGCCGCUGCUGCUGCGCAGCCAUUGAAUAUAAACUCGUCCGAAGACUUGCGAUCAAAUGCGUCCGUGGUUGUUAACGAGCCUAAGAGACUUCCGGAAAUAUCCGCAGAUUUGAUCGUGUACGAUUAUGUUCCAAACAAGGAUACGAAUGACAAGCGCAAUGGUUUUUAUCUGCCCUCGUGAAGAUUUAUGCUUUGAAAAUUUGUAUUUACCGUUUUGAACGUUACUCUAAGUAUAAUUCGUUGGAAUGUUUAUUAUAUCUUCGCUGUCUCUAUAAUUCAGAUACGAGUUACAAUUAAUUGAUCUGUGUAUUGAUUGGUAUUAAUCGAUAGACUGUUUCUUUAUAUUUGACUAUGUAUUAUUACUCGACUAUUUUAUAAAGUUAAUCAAUCGAAUAAACGAAACAGGGAAAUUAUA